ACGGGCCGCGGCCGGGGCGCCGACGUCCCUCCCGGCUGGCUGACCGCCGUGCCCUCGAUGCGGGCUGGGGCCUUGAGGAGCAGAGCGGAGGCUGGGCCCGGCCCCGGGCCGCGGGCGGGGUAGGAGCCACCUGGUCGGCUCGCCCGCGCGGGUCGGGGCGGCGGCGGCGGUGACGAUGGACGCCUUAGAGGAAGAGAGCUUCGCUCUGUCCUUUUCCUCCGCCUCUGAUGCAGAAUUUGAUGCUGUGGUUGGCUACUUAGAGGACAUUAUCAUGGAUGACGAGUUCCAGAUACUACAGAGAAAUUUCAUGGACAAGUACUACCAGGAAUUUGAAGACACGGAAGAGAAUAAACUCACCUACACACCUAUUUUUAAUGAAUAUAUUUCUCUGGUAGAAAAGUAUAUUGAAGAACAGCUGCUAGAGCGGAUUCCUGGAUUCAACAUGGCGGCUUUCACAACAACCUUACAGCACCAUAAGGAUGAAGUGGCUGGUGACAUAUUUGACAUGCUGCUCACAUUUACAGAUUUUCUGGCUUUUAAAGAAAUGUUUCUGGACUACAGAGCAGAAAAAGAAGGCCGGGGACUGGACCUAAGCAGUGGUUUAGUGGUGACUUCAUUGUGCAAAUCAUCUUCUAUGCCAACUUCCCAGAACAAUCUACGGCACUAGAUUCUACAUGCAGCCAAUGAACGGGAUCAUUCUGGAUGUCACUGGUCCAAGAGGCCAAAAGGCUCAGCUGAUGACGGCAGAAGAAUACAUCUUACUUAAAAAGACUGACUCCGUCCUACAUUCAUGUUAAGUAUUGAUGGGUCAAAAACAAAAUGACCUAACCCUCCUGUACCUGGUUAUCCUGAAACAACUUCUUGUAUUCAUUAAACCCUCCCUGGUGAGAUCCCUCACUCAGGUGCUUCUGAGUCAGGCUCUGGAGCAAGCCCAUGGUCAGGCAUUCCACUUGGGGGGCCCCUUCCCCAACAUAUAUGUUGGUGUGUCAGUAGUGUGGAAUAACCCACCCUGACGAAUCCCAUUUGUCCCAGUAGACUCUGCAUGAAUUUUUUUUUGUGCACUCACAGCUCUUUUUCACAUGGGUCAGAAUUUCAGUCCUUCAACCUCAUUGGGGUUUUUGAGUAUUUAUCUAGGGUGUUAUUCAAGCCAGCUGCCCGUCUUGAGAUUUCCGAACCUCCUGUGAGCACAGCUUGUCCUAGCUGUAAUCAACUGAAAGAGAUGUCCUUUACCUGAAAUCAAUUCUCUCGUCUUAACAUUUGCAGUCCUUGUAUCACCAUGUCUUCUGCUGGUCCUGAUAUAGGCCCACUGAUCCUAGAAGUCUCUUAAGCAUUAUUUUUGAAAAAAUAUUUUUAUAGAUGAAAUACUCAGGCUAACCUAGUGGAUAUGAUCUUGGAACUUCCAUGAUUACCCACUUAAAGAUCAAAGUAUUAUAUGCUGUGUGCUUAGCUGUGCUAUGAAGGCAAAAAUGCUUUCUGUGUUGGCAUUCAUUCUUAUUUUACUGGGCGCUGGUGAAUGUGUGCUGUGUGCUGGAAACUGACUAAAAGAUACCCUGUUCUUAUAGCAUGUUAAAUGUCUUUGUGCAUGUUUGCUGAAAAUCCUUUCUGUAUAAACCAGUUUGUUAGGUUUUCUGUUGGGGUAGGUAGGGACUUCUAGCUUCUUCCUGUCAAAAUCUCUCCUACCGAGAUGGUGCUCCACUGGUCUAGCCCAGCAUGAGCAGGAGGUAGUAAACAGCUUUGCUGGUCAUCUGUCUGUUUUGGUUUAAUGCAGUGUUUGGUAGAACAUUACAUAUCAGAAAACAUGUAUAUCACAUCUUUAGAAAGAAGAAAAAACAUAGUAGUUCAAUUCCAAUGUGUACCCUUGAUUUUUUUUUUUAAAGUAAAAAUAUGAAUCUGUACUGACUUUACGCUGGGUACUGUGGUUUUAAAGUAUGAGCUAUGAACUAUGUGUUUUUCUGUACUGAUGUAUUGCUUAUUAAAUACUUUUGUACCAUGAGUAAAAUUUGAGGUGUUUUGCAAGAGC